CGAGGUAGGGKGUACUUGUUCUUGAUCGUGAUCCGGUUCAAGGCGCGGUAGUCUGUGCACAUGCGGAGUUCCGAACUUCCACCUUUCUUGACGAAAAGGCAGCUGGUUCCGACGGGUGGGGCUGGUGGUGGGGGUGGAGGAGUCGAUCGUGGUGAAGCAUGCGAGAGUGGAGGUCAGCAAGGGCAUGUCGGGUUCGUGGGCGAGGGCGGUUGCAAAGUCUUUGUGGCAUACUCGUUUGAUGUCGGAGAUGAACGCAAAGUCAGGAAUGACGGUGGUGGGGAGGUGGUGGUGGAGGGAGCAGACGUAUUGGACGAAGGGUUUUGUGGGACCGGUCUGGCGGAGGUGGCAGAAUUGUUCAAGGUAGUCAUCAAUGGUUUUUUAGGGGCAGAAGGUGGCAGUGAGAAGGUUGGCCUAUUGGAGAAAGGAGUGACGUGGUCCUCUGGAGGCUCGGCGGUUGCUGACUUCGGCCAUCCACCAUUUGGCGGCAUUGCCGAGGAGACGGGAGGUGGCAAUGGGGACCUAGUGGACAAGGGGCAUGUAGUGGAGCUGAAAAGAGUUCUGGAGCUGGGUUAGGAAGAGGAAAACGUGCUCGUGGGGGAGGCCGGAGAAGGACAUGAUGUCGACGAAUCGGAAGGAACGGGGGAUUUCCCCGUCG